GAACUUUGGACCCACCUGCAUAUUUUAACUUUCUUUUUUUUUUUAGUUUCAGUGAGUAAGCAGAGAAGAGGGUGGAUCAACAGAGUUAAGAGAUCAGAUUCUGUCCAGCACGCGCGCGAUCAUGCUCUGGUGGUUGUUACCUGCAGCGGCCGUCUGGAUCUUCUUCCACUACCGCUACUUCUUCCAGGAUGUCCUGAGCGUUCUGACCAAACUCCGAAUCUACCGGAGGCUCUUAAAGUAUGGGGAAACCAACUACACUGUCCUGGAGCGCUUCGUGGACGCGGUGAAGGCGCACCCGCAGAAACCCAUGCUACUGUUCGGCGGUGAGACGUUCACGUACCGGGAGGCAGAGCAACUCAGCAACAGGGUCGCCAGAGUGCUGCUGCAGACCGGCCAUGUGCAGCAGGGAGACACGGUGGCCGUGAUGGUGGGGAACCAGCCCAUGUUCGUGUGGCUCUGGCUGGGUCUGGUGAAGCUGGGUUGUUCUGCUGCCUUGCUCAACAUCCACGUCAGGUCCAAAUCUCUGCUGCACUGUUUCAACUGCAGUGGAGCCAAAACUCUGCUGGUGGCUGCAGAGCUGCAGGAGGCCGUGGUGGAGGUUCUGCCCACUCUUCUCCAGCAGGGGGUGAUGGUCUACAUCCUGGCAGACACCACCAGCGUUGAGGGUCUCCACUCGUUCACAGACAAGAUGAACCAGGUCUCUUCAGCCUCCUUGCCCAAAGACAUGAGGUCCAGUUUGACGUUGGCAAGUCCGGCCGUCUUCGUGUACACGUCUGGGACAACAGGUCUCCCCAAAGCAGCUCUGGUGACCCACAGCAGGCUCUGGGCGAUGGCUCUCCUUCCGUGUGCAUCAGGAAUGACCAGCCAGGAUGUGAUUUACACCUGCCUCCCACUCUACCACAGCUCCGCCUUCCUCGGCAUGGCUGCGACCAUUGAACGAGGAGCAACGAUGGCUCUCAGGACUAAAUUCUCGGCCUCACAGUUCUGGGACGACUGCAGGAAAUACGACGUGACCGUCAUCCAGUACAUCGGUGAAAUCAUGCGGUACCUCUGCAACACUCCCCAGAAAGCCAAUGACCGAAAUCACAAAGUCCGUCUGGCUGUGGGAAAUGGGAUCAGAGCUGAUGUCUGGAGGAACUUCAUUCAACGGUUCGGGAACAUUCGGAUCACAGAGUUUUACGGAGCGACGGAGGCGAAUGUCUCCUUUUUGAAUUUGUAUGGAAAGAUCGGGGCUGUAGGACGAGACGGAUACCUCAACAAGAAACUGUUUCCAUACGCUGUAAUCCAAUAUGACGUCGAUAAAGAACAGCCUGUGAGGGACUUGAAUGGAUUCUGCAUGGAGAUUUCCAAAGGUGAAUCUGGACUCCUGAUCAGUAAAAUAUCACAGAGAGCUCCAUUCCUUGGUUACGCGGGAGACCUGAAACAGACAGAGAAGAAGAGGCUGCACAAUGUUUUUGUGGAAGGAGACGUGUACUUCAACUCCGGUGACCUGGUUACCAUCGAUAAAGAUGAUUUUAUUUACUUUAAGGAUCGAGUCGGAGACACUUUCAGGUGGAAAGGUGAGAACGUGGCCACCACUGAGGUGGCAGACGUUCUGUCCAAGGCCGAGUGCAUUGCUGAGGCCAGCGUCUACGGAGUGGAAGUUCCAGGUCAGGAGGGUCGAGCAGGGAUGGCAGCUGUUUCCUUAAGAGCCGGACGGGCCUUUGACUCCUCCGCUGUGUUCCAGCACGUGUCGAGCCUGCUGCCCAGCUACGCCAGGCCUCAUUUCAUCAGGAUCCAGACAUCCCUGGAGGUGACCAGCACGUUCAAACACACCAAAGUGAAGCUGACUGAAGAGGGAUUCAACCCAAACCAUGUCAAAGACCCGCUGUAUUUUAUGGAUGAAAGGGAGAAGAUUUAUGUCCCACUCACACUGGACGCUUACACUGCAGUGCUAUCAGGAAAAAUCAGGUUUUGAAAUUGAGCCUUUAUUGAAAGUGUUAAAUCUCUCCAGUCAACAUCUUUUUUUUUUGCUCCAAAAUCUGUUGAACCAUAUGCUGUUUUGUAGAACUUGAACUUGUUCAGAAUCAAACGUGAGCUUACCAAUGUAAAGGCGGAACUGUCUGCACUGUGAGAUUCAUUUUAAAAGUGAAUAAUUCUGAAAUUAUGACGCAAAUCUGAGUGUUAAACUGAGUGCUGCUCAGCCUCCUCCGUGAGUACACAUUACCUUCAGUGAACCUACUGCAGUGCUGCUGAACUGACUCAAUGAAACUCUGAACCAGAUGAUGUCUGCUGUUGCACAUCCAUAUGUCAAUAAGUUGUGGUGCUUCCUUUCGAAUGAAAAUAAAACAAUCAUUUAUAUUUAUCAGGCCACAUAUCUCCCAAUGUAAUAUCCUUCACAACACAGUUUUAUAUUCUCUGUUUAGCCCCGUCUAGUGGUGACAAUCAUGCUUGUAAAUUAAUUUCUGAUACAUUUCAGCGCCAGACUGUCAGAACUGCUCGAAUGCCAGGAUCAUGUAUUAAAGUCACCAUGAAUCAAAGA